AUGGCCGACACAGAUCUCGACGAAAUGAAGCAUGAGGACGAGCAUCUCGACCGCGCACCCGACGAAGACGAUGACGCGCAAGACGAAGAGGAGAUCGCGGCGAUGAAGAAGCGUGUACAAGAAAUGGAAGCCGAAGCGGCUAAGCUUCGCGAGAUGCAAGCUAGCAUCGACGCCCAGACAGAAGGUCUACGAGAAAGCAAAGAGGACAUUGACGGGCGCUCGGUAUUCGUCGGCAACGUGGACUACGGUGCGAGUCCCGAAGAGAUACAGGCGCAUUUCCAAACCUGCGGCAGUAUCAACCGGGUGACAAUACUACUGGACAAGUUCACGGGACAUCCGAAGGGUUAUGCCUAUGUCGAGUUCUCAGAGCCGAAUCUGGUCACGCAGGCUUUGGUGCUGAAUGACAGUCAGUUUCGAGGAAGGGCGAUAAAGGUGGUCCCUAAGCGAACGAAUUUGCCGGGCAUGACCCGUGGUGGGCGCGGAGGUGGUGCUGGAGGUGGCGGUGGCGGUGGCGGAAGAGGCGGCCCUCGUGGUGGCAGAGGCGGCUUCGGCUAUGGUGGAGCACCCAUGUAUGGCGGGCGUGGUGGCUAUGGUGGUCCACCUCCUUUCGCGCCCCGAGGCGGUUACCGAGGCGGCUACAGAGGUCGCGCUCGCGGCUACCAACCUUACUGA